AUGCCCUCUCGCCUCAGCAAUGGAACAUCGACGGCCAUGAAUCCUUCACGGUUCGAGCUGCCCGCCCUCGACCUCAACUUUGGCCGCAUCACCGAUGGCACCAACAUUCCUCCGCCUCCGUCCCCUGUCCAAAAGGUGCCCACGCCCCCGCAGACUCCGCCCGCUGACAAAAAGGAGGCCGUCGACGCCGCCAAUGGACAGGACGACGACGAGGCCAUCUCCACGCCCCCAAAUGGUAAUACAGCUGCAUCCAAACGAUCCGUCGACGACGACGUCCCCCUGAGCCCCGCUGGCUCAGGCCGCCAGGGCAGCCUCCGCCGGCUGUUUAGUAGGAAUAUGCUGAGUGCCACUUAUACAGACGCCAGGGUGACGUCGAUUGGAGGCGCCUCCGUCAACGGUGGCCGUCCCGACAGCCGAGGCGCGACGAGCGUCGCCGACGACAAAUGGUCCAAGCGAAGCAGCGGCUGGUUCAGGCGGCUUCGAGGCGCAGACUCCAAGCGAUCCAGCUUCUACUUCGAGGAUCCUGCACCCGUCGCAGCGCCGCCAAAGAAGUCGUUUGAACCGCCCCAGAGACCUUACGAACCGUCCCAGAAGCCCGCUGGCCCACCGCCCCCCAUGAUACCAGAGCUGGCCGACCUGGAGAGCGACGAAGGAAGCCUGGGCAGCGAUUUGUUCAAGAACAUCAAAUAA